UGUCAUGGGCAGCUAUCUGAGCAGGUUCCUGGGCUGGCCCCGGGCCAGGCUGCCGCCCCGAUCCUGGAAGCCCCGGACCCUGCGCUCCAGACCCGUCCGACGCUCCCAGGUCCAGAACCGCUGCAAAGUCGUCAAUGUCCACAGGCCGCGCUGGGUCCGCACCCGGCACCUCCCCAAGGCUCCUCCAGACUGGGAUCAUGCCCGCAUCUGGGGGUGCUAUUCCAAGAGGCCAUCGCUCCACAGCUUCAUUGGGCCGGGCUGUACCGAUAUUCGCCUGGCCUACCUGAAGUGGUGGCUUUGGCAUGCCCGGCACCCGCGGCCCGUCCGCAGCCUGGUGACAGUGAAAAUCGCCCCGCCGGAGCACAGAGGGGAGCCUCGACAAGCCUCGCCUGCGCUGGAGCGCCCAGAUCCCUGUGCCAGGGAGACCGUGCUCAAGGCCCUCAGCCAGUGCAACAAGGGAAAAAGGAAAUUCACCGAGCCACUCUGGUUUGAGGCCCCGGACACCAAGCAGAGGAAGCAGAGCCCGGAACCCAGGCCUUCUGCCUUCAAGCCCAUCAGGAGACAUGGAGAGGUCCCCGCCUUUGUGCCCAGGCCUGGGCCGCUGAGAAGCCUCCGCUCUCCCGCAGCAGUGUGUUCGGGGAGAUACGGCCUUUUUUCAGCCCGCCGCCCGCCCUACUGCAGGAAGUACUCCGUCCAGAGCCCAGUCGCAGCGGCCACCGCGGGAGCUCUAGGAGCAGGUGCAGCAAUGUCUCCGUGUCUUGGGCCUUCCUACCCCUCAAGGAGAGCCGCCCCGGGGUGGGGACCAUGCACCUCUGAGCACACCCAGACUGCAGCCCGGCUCAGAGUCAGGGGACCUUCUCCUGAGCCUCCAGACUCCUUCACCCUACUGACCUGUUUCACCCCCACAGGAGCCACUGAGCCCACCAGGGCACUGCCCACCGCUUCAGCUGACCACUCUGCCAGCCCCAGCCCUGCCUCUCCUUAG